AUGUAGCCACUCAAAAAUCCAUUUGGUAUAAUAGAUCCAAAUGAAAAGCCAAAGUAAUACUAGAAUAAUCCAUUCGAUAUAUGUAUGUAUCCCUUUAGAUAAUAAUUUAAGAAAAUGAAGAAUUAAACGAAACAAUAAAAUUAGGUGACAACGUGGUAUAUCAAGAAGAGAAACAAUUAUUGUUUGAUUAAUCAAAAUAAUAGCCUCUUGAAACUGUUGAAGACAUUUCGUUAUUGGAAGGUAUUUAAAUAGAUUAAACAAUAAAUUAGACCUUGAUAUAACAUCACCAUUACUAAUAAAAUCUAGAAUAAUGAGUGUUCUCUUUUUCUAAAAAUGUGAUAGUGAAUAUUUAGAAGAUCCUGAUCUAUCAGGUCCUCUCUUGAUUGUUGUAUCAUUAGGACUGUUGCCAUUAUUUGUAAAUACUUAUUAUUAAUUCAUCAGACCGGAAGAGUACAUUUCAAUUUUAUUUAUGGUAUUGGAGUUUGGGGUUGGUUAUUACUUUAUUUUUUAAUGAAUUUUAUGAUUCAAUAAUAAGGAAAAUAGAUAGAGUUUUAUAAAAUUUUGAGUUAUUUAGGCUAUGGUUUAUCACAAAUAGUCAUAUUAUCAAUUCUUAGUCUAUUUAAGGAAUUAAAGUACUUAUAUUGUAAUAAUUAAAUAGUAAUUCCUUUGGAUAUGCAUUAGCUAUUACUUGUGCAAUUUGGUCAACAGCCAGCGUUUCUAAGACAUUUGAUACAGUAAUUUUAUAUUAUAGUAUUAAGAUUUUAGGAUUAUAACACAGAAGAUUCUUGAUUGCCUAUCCAUUAUUUUUAUUCUAUUGUACAUUUGUUAUUAUAACAAUAUUUUGA